UUUUUUUAAGCAUCCAAUUGAUUGAAAGGACAGAAAAGAAGGUCAUUUUAGAAUUUAACUCUUCCUUUUGGAGUUUCUUCUCCUUCUCAUUCCUUUCUUUUCUCUGGGCUCUACUGGCCAAAGAGACGGAGGAGAUUAAUCCCAAAACUGAAAGAAGAUCCUAUCAUUUCCUCCUCUCUUUGGGAGCUUUGUCCAAGUCUCUCUUCUCUUUUUUGACGAUUUUAGGGUUUUAAUUUUCCACAAUUAACUCAAAAAUGCACAAACUGGGUAGAGGUCAUCGGGACAAGGUCCAGCAGUUCAUGACAAUAACUGGAGCGAGUGAAAAACUUGCUCUUCAAGCUUUGAAGGCCAGUGAUUGGCAUCUUGAAGGAGCUUUUGAUGUUUUCUACAGCCAGCCCCAGAUUAAAAGUUAUACUGAUACCAGACAUUUGGAAGAGCUUUAUAACAGAUAUAAAGAUCCCUACACAGAUAUGAUACUGGCUGAUGGUAUUACUCUCCUAUGCAAUGACCUCCAGGUGGACCCCCAAGAUAUUGUUAUGUUAGUUGUUUCAUGGCACAUGAAGGCUUCUACCAUGUGUGAAUAUUCCAAGCAGGAGUUCUUCAUUGGGUUGCAGGCACUAGGGAUAGAUUCUUUGGAGAAGUUUCGUGAGAGGCUAUCAUUCAUGCGCUCUGAACUGAAAGAUGAACAAAAGUUUCGGGAGAUAUAUAACUUUGCAUUUGGCUGGGCAAAAGAAAAGGGUCAAAAAUCUUUGGCAUUGGAUACUGCAAUUGGUAUGUGGCAGUUACUGUUUGCUGAGAAUCAAUGGCCAUUGGUGAACCAUUGGUGCCAGUUCUUACAGGCCCGACACAAUAAAGCAAUCUCUAGGGACACAUGGUCUCAACUUUUGGAGUUUGCUAGGAUGGUAGACCCUGCACUGUCAAAUUACGAUGCAGAAGGUGCUUGGCCCUACCUUAUAGAUGAAUUUGUGGAAUUCUUGAAUGAGAAUGGCAUCAUUCGGUCCGACUGAUUUGUUGUGAACAAUUGCUGGGAUGAUAAUAUAUCAUUGCGGAAUUUUUUGCACUCUGUGGCUAGUAUGAUCUUUGUUGUGAUGCCAAUGUGAAGUAGUACCUGUUUGAUCUUCUCUGGUUUAUAUGAAUUUCUAGUGACAAUUCGUACA